ACCAUUUACGUUAGCCACUCGUCCACGACCCGCUUAGUUAGCGGCAGGAAGUCAACUGUACUUUUAGUCUGGUAUGAUUUUAUAGUUGAAUAAAAUUCUCUUCGACACGUUCCUGUCGAAGUUUAUGGAUUUAAAGAAGCCGAUGUGUCUUUGAACGGAUUUACAGGUAAAGUAACGAAAAUGCCAUUACAUGGGAAAAUAGUCGUGAUAAAGAGGAGUGGAGGCGAUGGCACCGAGUUUCCUCUCACUGCAACAUGCUUGUUUGGAAGGAAGCCUGACUGUGACAUUCGUAUUCAGCUACCUCAAGUCUCCAAAGAGCAUUGCAGAAUUGACUUGAAUGAAAAUAAAGAGGUCAUUUUGACAAAUAUCAGCUCGGUGAAUCCAACCCGGGUCAAUGGAGAAGUUCUGCAGCAGUCGGAGCGUUUGAAACAUGGAGAUGUGAUAACAAUUAUUGACCGUUCUUUCAGGUUUGAGUAUCCACCAGCACCAACACCUAAGAAGAGGUUUUCUACAGGAUGCAAAACUAAAACCCUUAAAGUUCUUCAAGAGCCACAAGUGGUGGACACUGUCACUGCUGAACCAGGAGAGAAGAGGGUCUCGGAAGUGUUCACAGAUGGAACUAACCAUGGCAACAUCCAACGAUCCCUGGAGAACACAGUGGAGGUGGAGUCCACAGGGGAUAAUAGCCUCCUGCAAAACAAGACCAACUCCCCCUUCAAUGAUCUAUAUCAAAUGAUCAAAAAGUCUCUAGAUGUCAAGACCCCUAUGAAGUCUUCUUCUGUCAGCCUGCUUCAAACACCGACAUCAAGGUUUUGCACUCCAAAACCUGGGUCGGUCAAGAAAAAUGACAAACCUGUCAUUUCUACAGAGGCCAAGAAUACUCCAAUGAAAGAUGACGCCAAAGUCCUUUCUGGAGCUGAUGAAACAAAGGGAGAGGUUGAAAGUGUUGAUAAGGGGACCCCAAAGUCUGUUAAGAAGGAGAGGAGGUCCCUCCAGCUUUCUACUGAGAAUCCUGGUCCUGCAGUGGAAGAAGCUGAUCACGCAACAAAGUCUGAAGCAACUUCACCUCAGAGAAGAAACCGCACAACCCCGCAGAGGUUUACUGUGCAACAGGUCGUCGAACAAGUGUGUGUGCAAACCCCGCCUAAGUCACCAUUGAGGAGGAAAAGCAAGGAGGCCACGCCAGCCAAACCUACAGUGACACAAGAGCCAGAAAUAUCUGCUCCCAGCACACCUCAAACUCAAAGAGUAUCACCACGGAACGUGGCAAAAGCAGAGAAAGCAAAGGAAAUGCCCAAAAAACGCAAAAGCGCUGAACUUGGAGCGGACUUGCACACAUCGCAAAUGAAGAGAAAGCGUGUUUCCUUUGGAGGUCUCUUGAGUCCAGAGUUAUUUGACAAGCGCCUGCCUCCUAACUCUCCAUUACGUAAGGGGGCCGCUCCACGGAGGAGCUUAUGUCUCCCUAAAACCAAGCUGUCACUCCUUAGAAGAGCGUCAGCCAUCGGCCUCGUAAAGGAGAAAAAGGGGACUCCGUCACCUAAAAAGUCACCAAACAACAAAAAUGUAACGCCUGUCAAGAAAACUCCAAAAUCAAGGACCCCAUCACCCAAGGCAGCAUCUCCUGGCAAGAAAACCCCAAAAUCAAGGUCCCCAUCUCCCAAGGCAGCAUCUCCUGGAAAGAAAUCACCAAAAUCCAAGUCACCUUCUCCCAAGGCAGCAUCUCCUGGAAAGAAAUCACCAAAAUCCAAGUCACCUUCUCCCAAGGCAGCAUCUCCUGGAAAGAAAUCACCAAAAUCCAAGUCACCUUCUCCCAAGGCAGCAUCUCCUGGAAAGAAAUCACCAAAAUCCAAGUCGCCUGUUUCCAAGACUCCUGUGAAAAGAGGACGGUCUCCUUCAACCAAAAUUGAAACGCCUAAGACUGCUUCCAUUGUAACACCAGGUGAAACCCCCACAGUGCAAGGGCGCUUCUCUGUGUCGCACAUCACCACUCCCUCUCCAGUUGCCGAAGGUGCCAUUUCUGACCAGAUGCCUUCAGUCCCUGUGACCCCUAAGAUUCCUCUGAACAGGAAGAGCAUGAAGAGCAACGCAAAGAAGACCCCGUCUGUUGCCAAGAGUGCUGUAAAAGUCAUGCGGAGGAGUGGCAUUUCACGGGCAUCAAUGAAGUUCAAAAAUUCCUGGGCAAACAUUGUGAAAUUUGGACAAGUUAAGGCUCAAGUUGCUGCCCCAGCCAAGAAAACGGUCGUCAAAAUAACGACUAAGAAGGCUGUGCCCAAAAUGCAGACACCUGCAAGAAAACUCCAUGGUCAUGUCAGCACUGGGCACGCCAACUCACCUGUGACCAUUGUUGUGGGCAAAGCUCACAAACAAAGCCUUUUGCAACCAACUGGUGCUGCACCAAAAGUGGUCGUCAAUGCUGCCCUCUCAAAAAAGAACAUGAAAAUGGAUGAAGACUUGACUGGCAUUUCUGAAAUGUUUAAAACACCUGUAAAUGAAAAGAAGAGGAAAUCUGUCCUCGAUUGCAGUGCCCCCAAGACCCCAUUGGGAGUUGUUGGCACGUCGGUUGUCGAACCGUCGGUUCUCAACACACCCGAGGAGCCAGGAGAAAUGAUUGUGUCGCCUCUGAGUGUAGCAUCUACAGUGAAAAGCAGAGAAUACAACAGUGAAGCAGUGCAACGCCUCCUAAACGGCGAUGAAGAAUCUAGCUUUGCCCUUGAGAUCUCUGAUUCAGAGACCCAGCCUGAAUCCAGUGAACAGCAGAGUGCAGAAUUGAAGCCGACCACUGUAAUGACCCCAAAACAGAAGCCAGAACAACUGCCGUGUCUCACUGGAGUGAAGAGGAUCAUGAAGACGCCAAGACAGAAGGCCGAGCCUGUUGAAGACCUCAGAGGAAAGCUUCUUGCAACUCCCAAACAGCAGAAGCCUACAGAAAUACAAGAGUGCUUCAGUGGAGUAAAGAGAAUUUUCAGCACCCCACAGCAGGAGCCUGAAGCUGUUGAAGACCUUCAAGGAAAACUCCCAGAAAACACUCCCAAAGCUUUAGAGGCUGGUGAUGUGAGCCUUAUUGUAUCUGAAACAGAAAACAAGAUGAACCAAGAUGUGGAGAGCCACCCAAUGGUGUGUCUUACAGAUGUCGAGAGAGUAAUCGAGGAGCCACAGGACGAUAUACCAGAAGCAACUGAUGAUACUUCUCAUGUCAGCGUGGUAGAAGAAGCUGAUGAAGCUCUGCUGAGUGGAGAUGAGGGUCCAUCAUCUCAUGCCAUGAAAACUGUCUCUCCCACGGCCACCGAUGAUGUAUCUGAGGAACCACCCAAAGUGGAUGCAGCAGUUGAGAAUUUAUUCAACAAUCAACCAGAAAUGGAGAUCACAACUGGUGAAGUCACAGAGAUGGAGGCACCAGUGGAGUCUGAAGUAGCAGAGAAUAAACAAGAGGUGGCUGAACAGCCUGCAGAUCUGGUUGCUCCUGCCCCAGUCAGAAGGGAAAGAGGAAAGAAAACUGAAGCCACAGCACCACCCGCAGUUAGAAAGACGAGAAACGGAAAGAACGCUGAUGUCACAGAGGAAGAAAGUGCCCCCCAGCCUUCUAAAGUUGCAGUUCAGCCGAAAAGGGGAAGAAAUGCCAAAAAAGUUUCUGAUGAUCCAGCUGAAAUGGUGCCAGAGGCUGCUCCUGAAACGCCUAAGAGCAAACAGAUAUCCACAGUAGACGUCAACCUUACUGUAAAUGAUGGUGCAGCACCUGAGGAAAUAGCUGUCUCAAAGCCCAAGAGAGGAAGAAAAACUAAACAACCCGAAGCCACUCGGUCUGUGCCAGAAAAGCAAGAUGAUCCUUGUGCUCACAGUGAUGGUGUUUCCCAAGCUGCCAUUGAUGAAGUUGCACCUGAAGUCUGCACUGACGUGCUGGAGGUUAUGCCCCCAACAACUGAUGAGACCAAAUCAUCAGCAGAUGUCCAGGAGACUGUUCCCCAGGCACCUGAAACCGAGAGCUUACCCCAAGUGGACACUGAAGCAAAUGCAGCCGUUGUCCAGAAAAAAUCUCUUCGCGGUCGCAAAGCAAAAUUGCCAGAAUCCAAACCGGAGGAAACGGACCUUUCAGAAGAGCCUGUUGUCGCUGCUCCGGUAAGAGGAAGAAAAGGGAAGAAAACUGAAGCAACUGCACCACCUGCUGUCAGACAGACGAGAACCAGAAAUGCAAAAUCCCAAGAAAGCACCUGUGAUGAUAAACCUGAAAUUGCCCCAGAGGUAUGUGUGGAACCACAACCCAUGGCUGAGACAUCCCCUGAAGAGGCUCUGGUAAAUAACAAUCAGAAAGAAAGUGAAUCCACUGUUGAAGAAGCUGCUGUGAAGCCCAAGCGAGGGAGGAAAGCUAAACAAACGCCUGUAGAGACAUCUCAACCAGAGAUGGAGAAAACUGAAGUCGUGGCUGAUGAGCAGAUAAUAGCAGAUCCUCCACAGCCCAUUCCCAUUGCUGUAAAGCCCACUAGAGGAAGAAAGGCAAAACCUGAUGCUGUUAAACAAAAUGGAGUUGCAGAAGUGACAGCUGUUACCGAGGAGACCAAGCAGGUGUCUCAACUCCCAGCCAGGGCUAAGAGGGGAAGAAAGGCAAAACUGGAAGAAGAGGAGAAAGAAAUCGAGACUUCUGAUGUACAAGAGCCAGUUAAAAAAUUAAGAAAAAACAUCAAAGUGGAACAAGACAACAUAAAAUCAAUGGGAGAAGAAAUAGUUGAAAUGGCUAUCCCUCUAAAGGCUGAAGCUUCAUCUGUUCCUGAACCACAGGAGAUGAGUGAACAGGUCAUUGUAACUGCAAAACCCAAGAGAGAAAGAAAAUCCAAGCAAUGCACUGAGAGUGAAGCCACUGAGGACCAAGAGGUGCCUGCUGUCAAGUCCACAGAGAAACCUAAACGGGGCAGGAGAGGAAAAGAAACCGCUGAAGUGGAUGUGGCUACUGUUGACGCACCAGAGGCGGAAUCUGACAAUCUGCCAGAGGCUCAAGAGAAAAACGCUGAGCCAGAUGCUCCCGUCAUUAAGACUACUCGGGGAAGAGGGGUGAAAACAUCUGUGAAAAGUGAGGAUUCACAAGUCGUUCCAGCUAAGAGAACGCGCAGAGGUGCCGCUCCUCCUCUUGAGGAUGUCAACCCAGAACCCACUGUCCAGGAUUCAUCAGUUCCAGCAUCAGUCGAACCCGUCAAGAGGGGAAGACGGGUGGCAUCGGCGAAACCCGCAGCAAAGGAAACACAAGUGAGCAGUGACCAGGCAAGUCUUUCUGAAGAUUUAAAUGGUAAGGCUGAAGAAGAAGACGCCAAAAUGACCAAAAGAUCUGUGCGGUGGAAACCGCAAUUGGAAGUCUUUCCAGUCCCAAAAGUAACGCCAGUGAAGUCCGCUCGAGGCAGGAAGUCAAAACUUGUUGAAGCUGAAAGCAAAAUCGAUGCAGACAAAGCUCAAGAUAAGAAUCUCUCGGACGAAGUUGUCGAAGCUCAGCCCAUCAAGAGAGCCAGGCGGGGGGCAAAGGUGGCUGAUGAGUUGGAGUCCUCAAGCACGGUGGAACCUCAGAAAGGUGCUGAAGCCGAGACGCCGCUGAAAACCCGAAGAGGAAGAUCUGCCAAGAAAUAACUUGUAUAUAUAUUCUUAAUCACAAGGACUUUCUUGAUUUAUGUUUUAUAUUUUAAAUUUUAUGGCAUUUAGAGAGUAGUUUUAUAGACCUAUAAUUGAAGCACUCAUUUGUUCCCCCCCCUCUCCUUUGCUUCAAAAUGCAGGGAAUCUUAAUCAUUAUUUUAUGGCAAGUUGUAUGUUGUUAAUUUGUUGGAAUGUGCAACUGUUGUGUUUGUGGUUGGAAAAAAGUGGUUAUUAAAUUUUUUAUAGACAAA